AUGGCAGCAGUCUUUGGAGAUCCACCACCUCCUCCACCCAAUAGCAAGCCGUCCAACCGGAACAAGAAGACUCCUCAGGAGAUUCUGUCCGAGUUUUGGGACAAGUUCCAUACCAAGAAGCCCGGCAAAGUCACGACCAUUUUCCCCAAGAGCCUCUACAAGGCCGUGCUUCCGCACAGUUAUCCAGCCGGGGCCAAGUCGUCUCGCAACGCCGCCGAGAGCUACGAAGCCGCGGCCAAGGAGUGUCGGGAAAAGGUCAAGCGCAUUGUGCGCGAGUGCCAUCGGACCAAUGAGAAGUUCACCGAUCCCGACUUUGACAUUGAGCGGGAUCCCCUGAACAAUUGUCUCAAUGGCCUGGUCAGCGAGAGCGGCAUCGACGACGCCGGGGGCAGCGCCAAGCCGGCAGAUGCUGCGCCCACCGUCAGUGCCUGGGAGGUCAAGAGUAGUCUCGAGACACUGGCGCAGAGCCAGGCCCUCGGAAGUAACGGGACGGUGCCCUUUGACGCCAACGCCCUCAGCCGCCUGAUUGGAUCCGACGGGGACUCGGGCUACGCCUCUGGCGGCGGCUGGGGCUCCUGGGCGAACCCGGGCUCGGUGCACCGCAUCGACUGGAUCUUUGAGUCGCCCCAGUUCACCGUCAAUGGCUACUCCAGCUCGGACAUCAAGCAGGGCGGCGACGGCGACUGCUGGUGGCUGGCGGCCGUUGCCACGAUUGCCCACCGCAAGGACCUCAUGGAAAAGGUCUGCGUGGCGCGCGACGAGGAGUGCGGCGUCUACGGCUUCGUCUUUCAGCGCGACGGCGAGUGGAUCUCCACCGUCGUCGACGACAACCUCUACCUGACCGAGGAGGACUUUGACUACUAUGGCGACGUCUACGACGCCACGGGCAAAAAGGCCAGGCGCCACCGCAAGGAGAAGCAGACGGGCUCCGAGGCGCUGCUCUUUGCCCACUGUGCUGACCCCAACGAGACUUGGCUGCCAUUGUUGGAAAAGGCAUACGCCAAGGCUCAUGGCGAUUACGAGGCCAUCAGUGGUGGGUGGCCGGGCGAAGGUGUCGAGGAUAUGACGGGCGGCGUCACAACCACCAUCGAGUCCAACCGAGUCCUCAGCAAGGACAAGUUGUGGAAGGAGCUUACAUGCAGCGAUGGGGACUGUGUUUUUGCCCUCGCUGCCAUGAGCCAGGGCUGGGACUAUAAGAGAAGUGGCCUGGCACUGGGACAUGCCUACAGCAUCCUCCAGUCCCGCGAAGAAGUGGACGAAGAUGGGAACAAGGUGCGGCUUGUGCAGAUACGAAAUCCUUGGGGCCAACGAGGCUACGAUGGACUCGGUGAAUGGAACGGGUCAUGGUCGGAUGGUUCCAAAGAAUGGACACCUUAUUGGCUCAAGAAGCUGGAUUACAAAUUCGGAGAUGAUGGCAUCUUUUGGAUGUCACUGAAAGACAUGCUGGACAAUUUCAUGUAUAUCCAUCGCACUCGACUCUUUGAUGAAAAGUGGACCGUAGUCCAGCAAUGGACCAGCGCAAACAUUUCCUGGAUCACUGGCUAUCUGCCUACGAAAUUCGAAAUCGAGGUCAAGAAGGCCGGUCUUGUCGUCAUUGUCUUGACACAGCUCGACGAUCGCUACUUUCUAGGAUUCGAGGGUGAUUACGAUUUCGAGUUGCACUUUCUACUCCAGGAAGUUGACGCCCAGGCAUCCGAGCACAUUUGCCGCGUCCGCCCCGUCAAGAUGUGGCGGCCUCGCGCGGUCUCAUGCGAAGUACACCUCGAACCUGGAACAUAUGAAGUCCUCCCAAAGAUCACGGCCAAGCGCCACGGCCGAUCCAAGCCCAUUGAGGAUGUGGUCAAGGAAUACUCGGAGACGAACCCACAAAAGCUGCGACAAGUCGGCAUGCAAUACGACCUGGCUCACGCCAAGGGCGGCAUCCCCGACGAAGACGCUCGCGUCGAGGCCAAGAAGGACGAGCUUGCCCAGAAAAAGAAGGCCAAGAAACAAAAGGCCAAGGAGAGGACGAAGAAGAAGAGGGCAAUGACCAAAGCUGCCAAGGCCAUGCGCAAGGCGGCCGACGCCAUUGAAGAUGCCUCCAAAUCUGACCAAAAGCCGAGUCAGGCCAAGAAGGAAGGCGAGACAAAGGAGGACUCGGCUGCCAUUCCAGAGACAAUUUCGUCCUCUACGGAACAGGCAUCAUCGAACCCUCAACAGCCAGGCAAGCCGAUUGAGUCCAAGCCACAGCCAAGUGCUGCUCCAGAAGCAAAGUCAGAGGCAAAGCCGGAACAAGCCACAACGGCUACAAGUACCAAUCAGAGUAGCUCGGAGGCCGAGACUGUAAAGGAUGUCCCUGCACCAGUGGAUGACAAGGAAGUAUCUGAGACAGCCGUCGCCGAAGAUACGCAGGCCGUAGAAGCGACCGCGGAAAACAUUGACGAAGACGUGGACGAAGAAGAGUCCGAGUCCGCGUCUGACUCGGAUUCAGAAUCAGAAACCGAUGACAAUGAUAACGAAGCACCGAUUAAGCCGUGGAAUGCGGUGGCCGUCAUUGGACUUCGGGUGUACGCUCGUGAUCCAGAUGUGUCCAUCAAGUUGAAAGAAGCAGCCGCCGAGGAAGCCACUACGCUCACUGUGGAAGGCGAACCAACCGGUGCCACUAUAUGA